UAUUCUUGGCUACGGUCCAUUUAGCGCAACAAAAGCUUGGAAGCGUUUGAUUAACCAAUCAAAAUAAAGAAUUCUAUGAAUUGACCAAUCAAAAAAUGCUUCGAAGCAUUAUGCACCAAGUGGAUUGCACCCCCUGUAACAUUGGCUGCGUUCAGCAGAAAAAGUAGUUUUGCAAUUGUUGAGUAAGAUUCUUCAAUAUGAUUGGUUUAUACAUUUAGAUCCGUGAGGAACUAAGAGCAAAAACCAAUCAUAUCAAAGAUUUUUACACCAGUUGCAAAGCUGCUUUCUCCGUUGAACGCAGCCAUUACAAACAAAUAUCUGCCAAAAAGAAAAGAGAAAGAAAACAGAUCGAUUCUCUGCAUUUCAUAUGUGUUCAGCGGCGAAUCUCUAACCUCUCGUUGUCAACAAUGGACGUCGCGUACGGAAGGAGAUAAGAAUGUGUUUUUUCACGUCUCACUUUUGAUCUCUGUUCACUAGAACGAACAUCCAUGAAGAAAAUAGAAGAAAAGAAGAAAGAAGAAGAGCAGCAAAUCGAGCAGACACAAGAUUUUAUCAUUUCUGUGCAAGACUGAGUAGAAAGACGAGAUUGCGCCUUGACGAUAAUAGAUAUUGGUAAAAAAAGAAAAAGAAGAAACGCGAAAAGAUGAUGAACGAGAAGAUGAUGGACGCGCGAAGGCGCGAGAGAGAGCUGAUAGGUUUACGUGGAGUUCCUGAAGCUUGGAGUAGAUCCCCGACGCAAAUCGAAUAUAGUUCAGAUGAGGAGGAUGAAGAUCUAAGCAGACAUAAGGAUAUUACUUCACCAAAGGACCGCAAGAGAAAGAGGCAUGAUAGUAAAAAGAAGAAAAGUAAGAAAUUAAAGAAAGAGAAGAAAGCUAAGAAGGAAAGAAAGAGAGAGAAGAAGGCGAAGAAGGAAGCAAAGAAAGAAAAGAGAAAGAAAAAGAAAGCAAGGAAAGAGACUGACAGUAAUAGCUCUGAUGAUAGCGACAACAGCGAUAGCAGUGGCGAGGAAGUCUGGAUAGAAAAAACCAUGGUCACUGAUAAGCCAAAAUCAAAGAAAGGCUCAAGCUCAGAUGAUAGUGGGGAUGAUGGUAUGGUUGGACCCGCUCCGAAACCACAUGUAACUCUUUCAGCCAAAGAUUUUGGCAAGGCAUUACUACCAGGAGAAGGUGCAGCAAUGGCAGCUUAUGUAGCCGAAGGAAAACGUAUACCCAGGAGAGGCGAGAUCGGUCUCACAUCAGAAGAGAUUGCCGCAUACGAAGCUGUCGGUUACGUCAUGAGUGGCAGCAGGCAUCGUCGCAUGGAAGCGGUUCGUAUACGUAAGGAAAAUCAGAUCUAUUCCGCAGACGAAAAGCGUGCCUUGGCGAUGUUCAGCAAAGAGGAACGGCAGAAAAGAGAGAAUCUUAUAUUGGGACAAUUUAGAGAGAUGAUUAAUCAUAAAAAAAUGGCACAGGAGAAGAAGAGUUGAAGAUUUUAUACUAUAUAUAAAAGAUUGAUGCAACUUCUUACAAUGUGUGCGUGUGUGUGUAUAUAUAUA